CUGCAUUCUACUGCAUGGGUAGCUCUCAGGCCUGGCUGCGUUAGAACGAAAGGCCAGAGCCCGGAAACGGAGUGUUUCUCUUCAGCAGGAGCAGCUGAAGCGGAGAGAAGUUCCAGCAACAUGGCUGGCCAUCAACACGCAAACAAAAUGGCCACUGCUCCAGGAGAAAUGAUGGAUCUGGGGCUUCCCUCAGAGGUUCAGGUGAAGAUGGAGGCCCAGUGCCAGGUGGAGGACAGCACGAGAGAAGGAGGCGGGAAGGGCCUCUGCGUGGCCCAGCUGGGGGCCAUUGUGGAGUCUGCCAGAGAGGGCUCUGCCGCCAGGGUGAAGCAGGAGCUCGGAGAGGCGCCGCUGAGGAGCUGGGACUGCCAGUGGCAGCGGGUGCUGGAGGUGGUCCCAGUCCCCGUGAGCACGCCGGGAUGGGACGACCUGCAGCUGCCGCCUCUGACACAAGGGGCCAGCACCGAGGCCUGCCUGGCCACCUUCGAGCGCAUGGCGGAUGCUUCCCAGUGGCCUCGAGAAGAGUGGGUGGCUCGGCUCGUGCCCAUUCUCAGCGGGCAAGCCCAGCAGGCCUACUUCAGCCUGGAUCCCAAGGACAAGGGGGACUACGGGAAGGUGAAGGUGGCCAUUCUGAGGCUGGAUGACUAUAUUACGGCAGAGGCUCACCGCCAGGGCUUUAGGCAUUUCUGCUACCAGGCUGCUGAGGGGCCACGUGGGACGUGCCGGCGGCUGCAGGAGCUCUGUCAUCGCUGGCUGAAGCCCGAGAGCCAGACCAAGGAGCAGAUUGUGGACCUGCUCAUUUUGGAGCAGUUCCUGGUUAUCCUGCCACAAGACAUGCAAGACUGGAUUAGGGAACGUGGGCCCCAGUCCUGUGACCGGGCUGUGGCCCUGGCUGAGGAGUUCUUGCAGGAGCAGCAGGAGACUGAGAGAUGGGCCCAGCAGAUAACGGUGCCAAUUGAGAUGGUGAUUGUAAACUCCCCUGCUGCAGAUCAGGCUCUGUCAGAGGCAACACAGAGACAUCCACGCAGGGAGACCAAACAAGCUAACAGUGAGGAUACCGGCUUGCAAGAGAACUACAACCAGGAAGUGUCCCAGAAAGAAAGCAACUUUGUAAGCCGAGAUGGAGACAAGGAUGCACACCAGGGAGACCCUGCAAUGGAAGAACAAAUCAGGAGAUCUCACGGAGGACCAGGAGAGGCCUUUUUCGCAAAGGGCGACCCUAGGAAAUCGCAAGCAAGCGAACGAGGCUUGGGGAGGCAGCCGAAGGGGAGCUGCCUCUCAGGGAGAGCGAUCAAAGACAGAGGGCUUGGAGGGAUCCUGGCCGACCCAGAAGCCAAGCGGCACCUGUGUAAAGAGUGUGGGAAACGGUUCCGCAAGAAGUGGGACCUCAUCAGGCACGAAAGGAUUCACACAGGCGAGAAGCCAUACCAGUGUCCAGAAUGUGGGAACAGCUUCAACCGGAACACAACCCUCACAAAGCACCUGCUCAUCCACUCGGGAGAGAAGCCCCAUCAGUGCGCCUACUGUGGGAAGAGGUUCACGCGACGCUCACAUGUCGUGAACCACCAGCGACGCCAUUCAUGCCAAGGAAGGUCUUGAUGAAAUGACAACUGCUUCAGGUCGGUGUGAUAAAUUUGGAAGUGUGGAAGUACUUAAUCCUCUACCCAGAGGCAAAGGGGAUCACCAAUUGCUUGCAUUGCAAGGCUCGGAGCACAGGCCUGUUGCAGAGGGGCAGCUUCAACAGUCUUUGUUGCUUGUGUGUGUCUUGGAUCCGGUGAUCAAAAAUACAUCUGAGGAAAGCAGCUUUCAGGGUGUCCGUUCCAGUCAGGCUGAAGAAGUUCCGGCUCUUUUCUGUUCUUUGGCGGAAGGCAGUGAGCCCACAGGAGCAUCUAAGAGAGGGGGCUUCAUCCAACCCUGUUUGAUCCUGAAUGGUGACAGUGACACCCAAGUCCAGAAUUCUUUGGGUUUGGGGAUUGACAGACCCCGUGCUGAAGCAGCAGUUAGCCUUUCAUCUCAGCAUUGGCAGGACACCGAGACCAAACUAUCAGAUGCUCCUUGAAGGACUGGGAGAAUUGCCCAUUUUGAUGCAGCCACUGUUUUUGUACCAACCCUGCCUUGCCAAGUCAGAAUUGUGCUUGCACUGCUUUGCUGUAUCCGUGCCUGAAGCGGACUCUUCUCGUCAAGGAGACAAAUGUGAGGCAUUUAAAGAGGAAACUAUGCCCCAGAGACAGAGGAUGGCUGGCAAAAAUGACACCUGCCCUUGGGGGCACUGUGUAGACUGUCUGCACUGAACACCGAGGUGGCCAUUCCCAGGGAAAUAAGGCAUAGUCCAGCCUGGCCUUGGUUCAGAGAGACUCUCGUGCUUCUGCAGGCGAUGGGACUGCCACCUGAUGCGAAGAGCCACUUGCCUGGUGCAUCCCGUGCCUUUCGCAGCAGCUCAGUGUGCAGCAACCAAGGGGUUUCAGGGUGGGGUUCAUGUUAUCGGCUGCCCGUCUCUGUACAUCCAGCUGUUACGAAAAGCUUAGGUCCAGCAGCUAGUUGAAAAUUGAGUAACCCAACUUGGGAGGAGGCAACAGGAAAUAGACCAGUCUCUCAUUCGGGUUUGCGCUGGCUAAGGCUGUCUUUACAAGGCUGUACGGCCAUUCCUUGGCAGUCCUCACACACGUCAUUUGCCUAAUGCUUGAGGUGUGAGGUGUUACUGAAAACCAUUAAGCGUUUUCAUUUGAAUGUAACUCUUUUAAAAUAGAAAAUUAAUGCAGCACCUGUUUGUAAUAAUUUAUUGCCAUCUUUUCCAAAAUGUCCAAAAGCUGCCUCUAAGCAGCUUUGAUGGGAGAAUAUAUAAAUUAGCAAACAUUUAUGAGGUCAUUUGUCCCAAUAAAAACUAUCAACAGUCA